AAAGCCUGUGUAAAUAUAAUAUAUUUCAAAUUGUGUCGGUGCUUUGCGAUCUUCUGAGGACGUUUUACGAAUUUUGUGAAAUAAAAUUCACAUUUUAUUAAGGCGGUUAAAUUUUUUUUUGUAGCAGUUCCGGCCAUGAGUUAUCGAAACGACUCCAAAGAAGGACAGGUCUAUGUCGGCAAUCUGCCCCCAGACGUUAAAACUCGAGAUGUGGAGGACCUUUUCUACAAAUACGGCAAAAUAAAUUUUAUCAAUUUAAAAGAAAAAAACAAUCCGCCGUUUGCCUUUAUCGAGUUUGACGACCCAAGAGAUGCGGAAGAUGCAAUUAAAGAUCGGGAUGGUUACAACUAUGAUGGAUACACGUUAAGGGUGGAGCACCCAAGAGGGGAAAGAAGUCGAGGCUCACGAUAUGAAAAUAGAUUUGAAGGUCGCAUAAGCAGUGGCCGGCCAGGCAGAGGAAGAGGUCGAGGUUCAUAUGGACCCCAGAGAAGAUCAGAUUAUCGAAUCCAUGUUUCAGGAUUACCUCCAACUGGGAGCUGGCAGGAUUUGAAGGAUCAUUUGAGGGAAGCCGGUGAUAUUGUUUAUGCAGACACGUAUGGAGAUGGUACUGGCAUAGCUGAAUUUCUGCGGUAUGAUGAUAUGAAAUAUGCUGUCAAGAAGCUUGAUGACACAAAGUUUAAAUCUCAUGAGGGUGAAACAUCUUACAUAAGAAUUAAAGAAGAUAGCAAAGAUAGAUCAAAGUCCAGAUCUAAGUCUAGGUCAAGGUCGAGGUCAAAUUCUAGAAGCAGGAGCAACUCGCGGAGGCGAAAUCGUUAAUUAAUGACUGUUAUAUCUGACACAUGUCAUUGAUAAGUAUGAAUAUAAAUACAUCAUUGAUGAAAUAUUUUAAGCACCUUUUUGAUGAAUAAGUACAAACUGUA